GGUUGGCAUCGGGAAAUGGUGGUGUGGAAAGCAAGUAGCGUUGUUGUGGGCUUCUGAGGACCACAUGCUGUAGCAGACGACACUCAGGCUCGGCAGCAGACGACUCAAACAAGUUGGAGGGAAGAAUUAUUGGAGACUGGUUGGACGUUCGGAGAUCGGAGGCUUGAGAGCAAACAUAUCGAGGCAAAUUGAAUGAAGCUUGGCCGAGCUCGUCCAAUUAUGACCCGAGAUAAGUAGAUCUAUCUGAGGGAACUCAAAUAUUGUCCUGUUCAGCUGUAUCGCGACAUGCGGUGCUGCAGAGAUUGAAUGAAUACCAAACUAAAAGUUCUCAUAGCGGUUAUAGAGUUUGACCGGAGGUUUUGUUCACAGGAGGAGAGGAUGUUACGUCAAAAGUCUGAUUGUUUUGUUCGUGGUGUAGAUAUGGAUUGAAGCCAGGGGCUUUGGUAGCGAGGAACUAUCUGCGAGUGAGAGUCUACCUGAACCUGUACGAGAGGUUCCCGCCAUGUGUGUUUGUCGUCUGCUCAAGACUGAAAGAAGCGGCAGGCGAGAGGGUUGUACAAACAGAACGGAGGGAGAAUAGUUGGCUAUUCACUUGUCGCAUGGAAGUAUUACAUGUGUUGUAAAUCCUUUCUUGUCAUCAUUCACCGUUUUUUUGAGUAAUUUAUCGUAGAUAAACAACUUCAAGACACCAUAACGAGUUGUUCACAGUUAAAAUUCACGAAGGUAAAGAGAAGAGAUUGACUGGAACCCAGUUCUUAUAUUCACGCAGAACCGUCCGGGGAGGGUUUCAACAGUUUGACAACCCCAGACUUGGAAUCCAUUUCAUUUUUUGCAUUUCAAAAGUAAAAGUUGCUGCUUUGAACUUCAGUCUGUUACCACCGCUCGACAGAGAAAGACGUCACUUGAACCCUGCCUACAAAACCACCCGAGAGCAGCGUCAUUCUUCUUUCUGGGCAACAAACGCAGCUAAUUAAUUGAAAGGAAAAAAUAAAUUUCAAGUUGUGAGUAAAACUGUCUAUUUGAAGAUUAGGGCUGAUGAAGCAAUGAAGAACGUUCCGUAUCCGGCAUCUUCAAAGUUGACGGAACAUUAAAAGAAACCCAAGGAACCAUUCCAGUAAAGGCCUCGUCUACUAUAAGAGGGCGGAGAAAUCAAUCAAUUGGAAUCAUUCCUUCGAUGCCUUCCCGAUCCUACGCCGGGAGGAUGCCUGGUCAGUAUUCUCAUGUCCACAAUGGUCAACCGGUGACCAGAAACUAUCGACAGCUGCGGUUGUGUGAGGUUGCAAAUAUGGUGAUGAAAGCUGAGAUUAAGACCAUAGAGUUCUGGAGAGCCGUCAUCUCGGAGUGUUUAGGCUCCAUGUUCUAUGUUCUACUCGGGUGCAGCGCCACGUUGUUUUGUGAGAAUUUUAGAGACUAUAGAUACGAUAUAUUGCUGGUGUCGUUUUCAUUCGGAUUUACAAUGGCGACUCUUGUCCAGUGUUUUGGACAUAUAUCAGGUGCCCAUUUCAACCCAGUCGUCAGCCUUGCCAUGACGAUCACGUGCAAAGUGACACCCCUAAGGGGAAUAUUGUACUGUAUUGCCCAGUGUGGGGGCGGAAUAGCAGGGGCGGCAGUGUUAUAUGGAAUAACGCCGAGCAAGUGUCACAAGCAGCUGGGGGUCACCGUGCUGGACUCCCAGGUGUCCAUGUGGCAAGGGUUGGGGAUCGAGACGUUGCUUACCUUCAUCAUGGUGUUCGCGGUGUUCGCCACCAUCGACCCCAACAGGAAGGAGCUGGGUAGCAAGGCGCUCGCCAUCGGAGUAGCUGUAGCUCUGUGCCACCUGGCAGGGUAUCGCUUCACCACCAGCUCCAUGAACCCGGCGCGGUCUCUGGGCCCCGCCUUUGUCAUGAAUAGAUGGAGGAACCAUUGGAUUUACUGGGUUGGACCAAUGGUGGGCGGUUUAAUGUCUGGCUUGUUAUACGAGUAUAUAUUCGACCCUAGUAGGAGUCGCAGAAAACCACGCAGUGUUGAGGAGUCACCAUCGUAUCCGGAUGUGGAUGAGGAUGAAGUCAGUACCCUGCCAACAACAACGUCAUCGCCAAAUCACGCCCCUCAUACAUACGGGAAUCACGUGGCUCGUAGCUAUGACAGCAACCUCGGAAGCUCAUACGGCAAUCACGUGAGUGGAGGCCAUGGUAAUCACGUGAGUGGUGGCUAUGGCAACCAUUACAACAGUAAUCACGAACACGAGGCUGGUACAAACUAUGGCGGUCCAGUAGGGGGGCGCAGAGGCUAUAAGAACUAUAUGCCCGUGGACAACACCACGGCAGGGACGGAAAACCAAGCCUAUGCUUUUGAUACCCAUCCUCGGCGGAUACCACCCCCACCCCCAGCACGAAGCGCACACAUGGCGGAACCAGUGAACGAGGAAAUACUCCUUGAUGACGUCAGGGUGGAUCCCUACCCCGCCAGACAGGCUUGAGGGGUUCUAGGGUGGUCGAUGCAUACCGGCUAGACAGGCCCCAGGGAUUCAGGGUUGAUACCUACUCGGAAAGACUUGAUGGGUGGAAUGCUACCAGUUCUGAAGGGGUAGGGUGGAUCCCUGCCUGACACGAUUGAGGGGAGAGAAGAUUCCUGCCUUAACGGGAAUUGUUUAGGGGUCUGUAUGAAUGCCUGUCUGCUAAGCAAGACAUGACUGCGUAGAUCAGGGUGGAUUUAUUAUAACUUCCACGCGGUCAGUGAAAUUGCUGCUUUUUUAAAGAUUCAAGUACAUAAAAAACACAUUCGGAACAUACAUGUGUCAUAACUGAAUGUGCAACACCAUGAAGUGUGGAACGGGGCCGCCAUGUUGUAUUCCAACGCUGAUGUAGAUCGAAGACAGCAGCAUGAACAUGGACUCCUUCAGCCCCUAUACUAGAACAUUAAGAUUUAACCAAAGCGUGUACAUACAAACUGUAUUAACAGUGUCACUUUGUCUCGCAACGUCGCGGGUUGUUUUGUGCAGAAAAUGACCGCGUCGUCCUGGUGAUCAAGUUAGACAAACACUAAAUUAAAAAAAAUCACAUUUGCAGUAUACCUGUUAAUUGUGGAACAUGUUUCCCUGGAACUAUGACUUUUUGCCACUGUUUUGUAGUGUAGAGCGUCACAGUACAUGUUUUGUCCACACCCGAGACCUGGUUGGAAGAGCCCUAUCUAUCUCAGACCGAUGUGUUCGUCACAAGGAUAUGUAUAACUGACACGAAAUGAUUCUUGGAUGCUGGUUCAUCACGGUAAAGCCCUCCUAUGCAGUUGCCGGUCAACAGACGGGGUCAAUACUCCUUGUUGUUAUACCCUAGGCCUUCUCAGAUACUGGUCGUCAAUUAUAGUUGAUAUGGAACAACCUCUUGAAUGCUUUUCAUGUGUGCGAACCCCUAUCAUUUAUCGCGACGAACCAACGCAGAACAACUGGUCUAUUUCAGCAAUGUGUGAUGUUAAGCUGUUUUCAUUUAUUUAUACCGAAUACAAAACAUUGGACUAGUUAAUUAUUUCGUUUACUGAAUAUAAUCCAUUCAAGCCAUGGGAUCUGUGGUCGGAAUGAAAAUAAUGAAACGUAUGAAAUUAAAGAUCUGAAGUGUUUUGGAGUGACCAUCCUCAAUUACCCGUGGUGUGUUUUCUCAGUCCUACAAACAAUAAUAUAUGUGAUAUGCUGCAUACUCGAGGGUGUGGAAAGACAAGUUAAAGGAUUACUUAUAUUAAAUAUGUACGUACUACAAAUGUACAAUUUGUAAAGUAAGAUUCCAAUAAAAUACCAUUCUUAUUAAUUCGGUACUUUGCUAUGGCAGGCUAUGCGCAGCGACAUUAAUAUAUCACGACAAACUCUUAAUGUAUCAUACUUCAAUUUUUUUUAGAGCGCCAGACUCUUUCAUAGAACUAGUUAUUCUGUCGUGCCAUGGCAGAUUAAAUAUAGUUAAAUGAAAGAAUCGUGUGUUGUUUAAAUUAUUUUGGGUAAUAUAUAAGGUUACAUUGACGCUGUGUAACCACUGGUUCGACACGGUACCCAGUGUAGUAGCUCAUGUGAUAAACAUAAGGUAGUGGUGGGUGGUGUUUGUUCCCCGGGGGGUGGGGAAAUGUUACGAAGCACAAGUGACAGCCUGAAAACUGAAGCGCUCAUAAAAUGUGAGCAU